AUGCCAGAGAUCACUAAAGUGACUACGGCCUCCUCGAGGAAAGCGGACCAGCCCGAGUCAAUGAGUCGAGUGUAUUCAGCGCCUCAUAUCGAUAACCAGGCUGCCUUUUAUGCUGUGACGAAGGAAGAGAACGGCCAGGAAGCAGACUUUGCGAUCCCAUCUUAUACUGAUAAAGAUGGCGAUACUAGCAGUCGGGAUCUCGAAAGUGGUAGUGGUGAGGGCAGUGCCGAUCAAAACGCUGCGUUAGAAACCACCGAGACAGCCAGGUCUGAAAGAGACACAAAACUUGUCACUUGGGACGGCCCCGACGACCCUGCGAACCCGAAGAAUUGGUCAACCAAGAGAAAAUGGAUGGCUGUCUUUGUCGUCUCGUGCUUUACCUUUAUAUCGCCAGUGUCCUCGUCCAUGGUUUCCCCAGCUAUGACAUCUAUCGCGAGCGAGCUUGGGAUUGAUACUACUGUUGAAUCGGAAAUGACCAUGUCCAUCUUUGUCUUGGCCUAUGCCGUUGGACCUCUUUUCCUAGGUCCGCUCUCGGAAAUCUAUGGUCGACCGAUUGUUUUGCAGACAGCCAACAUCAUAUAUUUGAUCUUCAAUAUUGCCUGUGGUGUCUGUAAGACCAAAGGACAGAUGAUUGCGUUUCGUUUCCUGUCCGGCCUUGGGGGUAGCGCUCCUUUAUCAAUCGGAGGUGGUGUCAUGAGCGACUGUUUCAAGGCGGAAGAACGAGGACGGGCAAUGGGAUUCUACAGUCUCGCUCCACUUUUGGGACCUGCCGUUGGUCCUAUUGCCGGGGGGUUCAUUGCUGAAAAAACCACUUGGCGAUGGAUCUUUUAUUCGACCUCGAUUGUGGAUGGCAUCAUUCAAAUCGUUGGUCUCUUUGCAUUGCAAGAGACUCAUGCGCCGACAUUGCUCAAACGCAAAGCCCAGAGACUAAGAAAAGAGACCCAAGACCCAACCUGGCACACCGAGUUUGAGCAGAAAGACCGUUCUCUAGCUGCGACUCUGUCCGUUUCUAUACGCCGGCCAUUUAUAUUGCUCGGAACUCAGCCCAUUGUUCAAGUUUUGGCUGUAUUCAUGGCUUAUAUAUACGGUCUUAUGUAUCUCAUGCUAGCAUCCUUUCCCACUCUCUGGACAAAGUACUACGGCGAGUCUGUUGACAUUGGCGGCCUCAACUUUAUCUCUCUCGGCAUUGGCUUCUUUAUAGGAGCCCAAAUAACUGCGCGUUUGAUCGACGGGAUAUAUCGUCGACUCAAGGCGCGCAAUGGCGGUGUUGGUUUGCCCGAAUUUCGCUCCCCACUCCUCAUAGUAGGCGCAAUCUUCAUUAUUAUUGGCUUGUUCAUAUACGCUUGGACAGCCGAGUACAGAGAAUUUUGGCUGGCACCCAAUAUUGGAGCCGCCAUGUUUUGUAUAGGUGGAAUCAUGUCGUUUCAGUGCAUUCAAACUUACCUAGUUGAUACCUAUACGCGAUAUGCUGCUAGCGCCUUAGCAGCUGCAGUCGUGUUGCGAUCAUUGGCUGGCUUCGGGUUCCCUCUUUUCGCGCCCUACAUGUACGAUGCACUUGGUUAUGGUUGGGGUAACAGUCUAAUGGCGUUUCUUGGUAUGGCUAUCGGGCUGCCAGCUCCAGUACUUCUAUGGAAGUAUGGCGCGCGACUGCGCGAGAUGAGUCCAUUCGCUGCUGGUUAA